GCCAACCAACGACUAUCCUUGGCCUAGAGCCAUUUUACUUGACCAAAGCAAAGUCUACACAUCCAUCUUCUUCUAACCCCAACCACCAUCGUCCGCCCAGCCCAGAUCUCCACCGCGCGAUGGCCGCCGUACCCACCGCGCCUCCGCCGGCAUCGGCCGACGACGAGAUCGUCUACGAGUCCAUGCCCUGCAUCCGCAUCUACAAGAACCGCGUGGAGCGCUACUUCGGCUCCGAGUUCGUCGCCGCCUCCACCGACUCCGCCACCGGCGUCGUCUCCCGCGACCGCACCAUCUCCCCUCAAGUCUCCGCGCGCCUCUACCUGCCCCGCCUCGACGCCGGCGCCAAGCUCCCCGUCCUCGUCUACUACCACGGCGGCGGGUUCUGCCUCGGCUCCGCCUUCAACCCCACCUUCCACGCCUACUUCAACAACUUCGCCGCGCUCGCCAACGUGCUCGUCGUGUCCGUCGAGUACCGCCUCGCGCCCGAGCACCCCGUCCCGGCCGCGUACGCCGACUCCUGGGAGGCGCUGGCCUGGGCCGUCUCCCACGUCGCCGGCGCCGGCGCCGGCGACGAGCCGUGGCUCGCCGACCACGCCGACUUCUCCCGCCUCUACCUCGGCGGCGAGAGCGCCGGCGCCAACAUCGCGCACCACGUCGCGAUGCGGGCGGGCGCGGAGGGGCUGCCCCACGGCGCCAAGAUCCACGGCCUCGUCAUGAUCCACCCCUACUUCCUGGGCACCAACAAGGUGGGCUCCGACGACCUCGACGCCGCCGCGCGGGAGAGCCUCGGCAGCCUGUGGCGCGUCAUGUGCCCGGCCACCACCGGGGAGGACGACCCGCUCAUCAACCCGUUCGUCGACGGCGCGCCGGGCCUCGACGCCCUGGCGUGCGGCCGCGUGCUCGUCUGCAUCGGCGAGGGCGACGUGCUCCGCGACCGCGGCCGCCUCUACUACGACCGCCUCACGGCGAGCGGCUGGAGCGGGGAGGCGGAGAUAUGGCAGGCGCCGGGAAAGGGCCACACUUUCCACCUCCUCGAGCCGCUCUGCGACGAGGCCGUGGCGCAGGACAAGGUCAUCAGCGAGUUCCUCAACCGCUGAUUCGUCCUCCACAUCGUCGGAGGACAGGAUCAAGUACUGUACAAUCAGAAAAUAACUGCAGCUUCGUCGCCGAUUUGAUUGAUGCUGUUUUCUUUACACUAUAUUUCGGGUUCAGAGUUCAGAAUUGUUUUCGUAUUGAUUGCCCUUUGAUGCACGGAUGGAAGGGAAUCGCCAUUGUUUUAGGCCUGGGUGUUGUAUCAGGAUUGUAUCUACAGCCAUUACCCAUACUGUAAUACAGAUGAUGAUGUUAUACUUGUUGGAUUGGACACAGUACA